AUUGAAGUGUGUAGUCUUUCUAAUUACGUAUUUUCAGUCUUAUACUUCAACAGUUUAACAAUAAACUGAGACCUUCUUCGGUUGAAACAUUUUCGAGACGUAAAUGUAGCCUAAUGGAAAUGGAGCCACAAGACGACUUUUGCCGUUUUUGCAAGCAGAAUAUGAGAAUGGUUGGCUUGCACAAAUACUCAGUCAAUAUUUUCGAUAGAUUUGGGAAACCAAGUAUAUCCGAAAGACUUUUUCAUGUUGGCGUGACGGUAGUAAACAGACCAGUGUCGAAUAGGAUUUGUCGGCGGUGUGUCACCUUUUUAACAAGACUGGAACGAGAUUUGCCUGUGUAUAGGAGGUGGAUAGAGGAUGAGAAACACGAUGAAGCCUCAACAAGUCGCUCUGAUAAAAGAGACAGCGAGCCAAGGGCUCUGAUAAAGUUGUGCCACAACCCUGCAAGUCCUUUUGGAAGGAAUAUUACGGAGGCAAAAGAGACCGAAAGAAGUGAGGAACAGGGAGACCAGGGACAGUCAGGUGUAGAGUCUCAGAUCAGAUUUACGCCCAUGUCCAUGACGUGUCCCCAACCCCCAACAACAACAGCGCCUCCAGCUCCAAAAUACUCGAGGCCGACUACAGAGAAUGUAAUCCCAAAGACGGCACGGCCAAGUUUAACGGAGUUCAAUUUAGGAUUUUCGAAACGAUUACUUCUGAAAGACCGUGCAGUUCCGACUCUGUCCGGCCAACCUGGAGAUUCAGAACCACAACCUGGGAUAAGAGCGGAGGAAGGAUCAAUCCUGAUUGUGCGAGACCCAAGUAUGAAAUCAGAGCCUGAUGAUAUUGUGAUAUCCGACACUGCAUUAUUGACCCCACCAGCAACUAAGGAAUACGUCAAAGCAGAAUGUGCUUCAGAAUUAGGGCUCAAUGAGGGAGGAUCAAUCCAGACUGUGCAAGACCCAAGUGUGAAACCCAAACCUGGCACCGCUGACAGUUCCUGUGGAAUUUUGCCUCCUGUAAGACACGUAGCCUCCCAGACUGACCCCCCGAAGAUAAAAUCGGUCGGCACACAGCUAUCCAUGCAAACUCUGCAGAAUCCCUUUCGAAGUAAAGCUACCCAGGUGAAGAUGCCCAGCAGAGAUUGCGGUGUGUGGACCGACACCUUCCCCUUGGACAGUCCACUACUGCUCCUACAACCAACAUUAGUAAAGAGACCAUCCAAGAGACCUCGACUCAGCCUUACAGACGAGGAGGAAGGCCCUUCAGAACCCAGCUAGUCUGUGGCCGUUCAUGAACCAGAGGACUCAACAUGACUCUCUGGACUCAGUCACUGUCGUGGGUUAGCAAUCUCUUUUCACCUUCUCAUGGAGAGGAGUUGGUGAAUGGGACAAUAAAGACUGCUGAGAACUUGCGCAAGGCACCAAGCCCUCAGUAGUUGGAACUACUAACUUUAGGCACCUGAUUCUCCUGUUUGGUCACUGAUUUAACCCUCUGAGGUCUAAGGGCAUUUUCACAUAUCUUCUUAAAUUUAGUUUUUUAGUGCCUUUGCAUUAAACUGAUCCCCAUGUGUUUCCUAUCAAAAUGUUCAGAAUAAACUCAGCUUUCUGUAUAGUGAUGCUCAUAUUUUCUAGAGCAACGUGUAAAGAGAUAAUUUGGCCCUAAAGCUGAAACUUUGAUGUUGGCUUUUUGAAAGUCCUCAAAUCUCUUUUGAAUAAAAAAAAAAAUCUUAAAGAAAAGAAGUUGGUUCAUAUAAAGUAUGUAAAGCUGGACCUUUUGUAUGGGUUUCAUUAGUCAACUAGCUAUGUAAAGAUGUGACUUUUUUUGCGAAUUUGAAAAUCUUGGAAUGGCUUAAUGGAAAAAAAAUAGUCACUUUUCUCAGUAAGUCUCCGAUCUUCCUAAAACCCAAGAGACAAAUUAGUGGACAAAUUUCUUACUUACCAGGCGCAGUGCUGGAUGUUGUCCACAAGGUGGUGCACUAUGCUGAUAAAUUAAGUAUAAACUCCACACAAGGACUGGAUAAUAUAGCAUGUGCUGGUUGACCUCCAGCUGCUUGUUUGUUGUGUACUGCAUUCAAAUGACAAUCACUUGUAAUGCAGAGAAUAAUACAUGAUUCAGAGUCACACAAAUUAUUUAUGUUUUUGUUUGUACUGACCCGAUUAAAGGAGGUUGAAAACCUUCAGGUUUCUGCAGACUGGAUCACGUAUACUGUAGAGCUGAAACAAUAAAUCAGACAAAUAAACGGCAUAUAUAUUGAUUGACCAAAAAAAAUAACCUUCUAGCUUCUCAAAUGUGAAUACUUUUUUGUUUUGUUUUUGUCAGUGAACAGACUUUUUGGAUAAAACAAGAAAAGAUGUAACCAUGGUGGGCUCUGGCCAUUUCCUAUUAUUUGACGAAUGAGCCACAAUUCACUGUCAUGUACGUUCUUCACUCUUCUAUGCCAUUUUCACUUGAGAGCUCUCAAGCAAUGAGAUGAAUAAUAUGUAUAUAUUAAUUUUAUAUACUUCAGCUAUCAUGUACAAAUCAAGGGACAUGAAACAAAUAAUGCUACAUUACCACUUUUUUGGUGGGACUUAAGACUGAUCUUCGAAUUAAAAAAAUUAAUUCA